AGUAGCUAGUUUUUUCUGUUAGGAUUUCAAGAUGGCGUCGAGCGGAGGAGAUGGGGAACACGAAUGGACAGCGGCAGUUCGGCCGCUUUUAUCAGCUUCGUACACUGCUUUUGAGACGAAGGAGCUACCUCAGCUUAUUGGGUCUAUAAUCAACAGUGAAUCAGACAUUCUUCACCACGACAAGCAGUAUGAACCUUUCUACUCAUCAUUCGUGGCACUCUCAGCACAUUACAUCACCACAGUAUGUGGACAAAUACCAAGAAAUCAAUUGCUGUCAGUUGCUGCAGCGUGCAAAGUAUUGAUUGAAUUCUCAUUGCUGCGCUUGGAGAACCCUGAUGAGGCAUGUGCAGUUUCACAGAAACACCUGAUCCUUUUAAUAAAGGGACUCUGCACUGGCUGCAGCAGACUAGAUCGCACAGAAAUCAUUACUUUCACUGCUAUGAUGAAGUCUGCCAAGUUGCCUCAAACUGUCAAGACACUUUCAGAUGUGGAAGAUCAGAAGGAUUUACCCAGUGCUGUGAACCCAGAGCUUCGACAAAAAGAAGUACAAAUGAACUUCUUUAAUCAGCUGACAUCAGUUUUUAACCCUGACCUUACCACCAUCUUGGCCUCUCCAUCAGCAACACACAUGCAGGCUGAAAGUGAUUGCGAUGAACAAAAUACAGAUCAAGCUGUUCAGACCAAAAUGAAAAAUGCCUUUGUGUCCCAGAAUGUGUCAAGCUUACAGGAACUAGGUGGGUCUGAGAAGUUGUUACGAGUAUGCCUCAACCUGCCCUACUUUCUACGCUACAUCAACCGCUUCCAGGAUGCUGUGUCAGCCAACUCAUUCUUUAUCAUGCCAGCCACAGUGGCUGAUGCUACUGCUGUUCGCAACGGAUUUCACUCACUGGUGAUAGAUGUGACCAUGGCUUUGGACACACUUUCCUUGCCUGUACUGGAACCCUUGACACCAGGAAGACUACUGGAUAUGACCGUGCUGGCUCUAAGCUGUCUCUAUGCUGGUGUAAGUGUGGCCACUUGCAUGGCCAUUCUACAGGUGGGUAGUGGCUUGCAACUUCGCUCUGCCUCCACUGGUACCAAAGAAGAGGACUAUGAAAAUGAUGCAGCCACAAUUGUCCAGAAAUGUCUGGAGAUUUAUGAAAUGAUUGGGCAAGCCAUCAGCAACUCUCGCAGAGCUGGAGGAGAGCAUUAUCAGAACUUCCAACUGCUUGGAGCCUGGUGCCUCUUAAACAGCCUGUACCUGAUUCUUAACCUGAGCCCGACAGCCUUGGCAGAUAAAGGAAAAGAGAAGGAUCCCCUGGCUGCUUUGCGUGUCCGUGAUAUUGCAAGUCGCACCAAGGAUGGCGCAGGGUCACCUAAGCUUGGUCCUGCCAAAGGACACCAAGGCUUUGGAGUGUUGUCUGUUAUCCUGGCCAACCAUGCAAUCAAACUUUUGACUUCACUUUUCCAGGAUCUGCAGGUUGAAGCUCUGCACAGAGGUUGGGCAAGUGAUGGACCACCAGCUGAGCUCAACAUCAUGGCCCAGAGCACUUCCAGCCAGAGGGUUCAAAGACUCAUUGACUCUGUUCCCUUGACAAAUCUGCUCUUCACCCUUCUCUCCACCUCCUACAAAAAGGUGCAGUCAGUUAUAUUUGUAAUUUGCAUUUGCAAUUUGUAUACUGCGGAUGAUUUCAGCAGUACAGAGGAGGACAGCAGCCAGGCAGAGAGAAGACAGGAGAAGACAAGUGCAGCUUGUGUCUCAGAUGAUGACAGUGAACCUAUCCUGGGGCUUUGGUUUGAAGAGACAAUUUCACCAAGCAAGGACAAAGUGGCUCCUCCACCGCCUCCCCCUCCACCACCUUUGGAGACUUCUCCCAGACUGAAGAGUCCCAGCAAGCAAAAUCCAAGCGAGAACGGCAACAUUUUAGCUGGCCGUAAAGAUCCCGAACUGUUCCUCAGCUUAGCAUCCAGCAUUCUGAAUUUCAUCACCACCUCGAUGCUAAAGUCCAGGAACAACUUUAUUCGUAACUACCUGAGUGUGUCUCUCACAGAACAACACAUGGCUACACUUGCAAGUAUCAUCAAAGAUGUGGACAAAGAUGUCAAAGGCUCUUCAGAUGAAGUCUUUUCUUUAGCACUGUAUCACUUCAACCACACCCUAGUGACCUCAGAUCUUCCCUCCCCGGCUUUGCAGAGCACUCUUCUACAGCAAUUAGGUGUUGCACCCUUUUCAGAGGGUCCAUGGCCUCUGUACAUUCAUCCUCAAUCAUUGUCAGUGCUCUCCAGACUUCUCCUCAUAUGGCAGCACAAAGCUACUGUGCAGGGAGAACCGGACGUUCCUGAGUGUAUGAAGGUCUGGGAAAGAUUUUUGGGAACCUUGAAGCAACACGCCAUCCAGGGUUCUAUUCAUGGCGAAGAUGACCUUAAUGUGGAACACCUCCAGCUGCUGCUGCUCCUUUUCCACAAUCUGUCAGAGCGUGGUCGUCGAUCAGUCCUCACCUUAGUCACACAGGCCAUUACAGAGGUGGCACAGAGCAGAGACUCCCAGCUGAAAGCUGUGCCCCUCAAUUUGGCACGCCUGUUGCUGGUUUUUGACUACCUGCUGCGCCACUACUCCAAGGCUCCUUUAUAUCUUUUUGAACAGGUGCAGUACAACCUUCUUACCCCGCCAUCUACUGGCGCAAGUUCUGUUCAGGAAGGUGGAAAACGCAGCAACGUUCCACUUUACUAUGGAUUCAAAGAGGUGGAGGAGAACUGGGCUAAACACUGUUCGACAGAUUCGAAUGUCCAGCCCAAAUUCUACUGCGUUCUGUCUCCUGAGGCGUCCGAAGAUGAUAUCAGCAGACUAGAUAGCAAGGUCUUUCCAAAGCUAUUUAAUGGAGCAGUGAAAUAUGACGAGCUGUAUGCAUGGCUCAUCUCACUCCUGGCUGCGGGCUCUCAGUUUGACACAGCAAGAAGACAAGAGAACAAGCCCAUCACUCCUAUGGAGGCCUGCUCCCUUCAGUACUACUUCCUGAUACUGUGGAGGAUCCUUGGUGUUUUACCACCUUCCAAAGGCUUCAUGGAGCAGCUAAAGACUGGCUGCAGUGACCCCAGUGAGAGCGACAUCUUACACACACUGCGAUGGUCAUCACGUCUCCGCGUAUCUACGUAUGUGAACUGGAUCAAGGAGCACUUGGUAAAGCAAGGAAUGAAAACAGACCAAGCUGCUUCUCUGGUUGAAGUGACCGCUGCUAAAUGCAGCACUGUGAAAUACGAUGUGGAGCUAGCAGAAGAGUACAUUGCCAGACAGAUUUCCACAUUCUCAAGUGUAGACCCACAUGUCAUCCUUCCACUUCAUCAGUUGCCCUCUCUACAAGCCAUCUAUACGCUGGAUGCAGUCAUCUCUAAAAUUCAGGUUUCUUUAGAUGAGCAUUUGUCCAAGGUUGCCAUUGAGGCCGACACCCACAAAUCCUCUGAGAUUGCAAAGAAUCUGCUGCCUGCCACACUACAGCUCACUGACAUUUACUCAGCUUUCACAAGAUCUUACCUAUUAAUGAACAUCCCAGAGGAAGGGGAGAACAAACUGACCGAUGCCAAGCUCCAAGGUUAUGCUGCAGUUCUGGCCAUAGGUUCCACCCGAUGCAAGGCCAACAUACUUGGUCAUAAUAUUAUGCAGAACUUGCCAACAGCUGUGCAGACAGUUUGUGAGACUUGGAAUGGUGUCCACACCACUGAAUUUCCCAACAUUGGCUCAUGGCGCAAUGCAUUUGCAAACGAUACCAUUCCAUCAGAGAGCUACAUCAGUGCCAUCCAAGCAGCUCACCUGGGCACACUGAGUUGUCAGUCCUUGCCUCUGGCCUCUUCUCUUAAACACAUCCUUCUCUCACUGGUUCGCCUGAUUGGAGACCUCAUUGUUACUGAGGAGCUGAACCCCUCACAGGUUGUGAGCACCCUGCUGCCUCUGCUCUUGGAGAGCAGCACAGAGAGUGUAGCUGAGAUCAGCACCACUUCACUGGAGCGCAUCCUUGGCCCAUCAGAGUCUGAUGCCUUUCUAGCCCGCAUCUACGAGCGUUUGGUGACCGGAUGUUACAACAUUAUUGCCAGUCACUCAGAUCCCAACAGUGGUUUGGAUGAGUCCAUCCUUGAGGAAUGCCUUCAGUACCUCGAAAAACAACUUGAAAGCAGUCAGGUCCGAAAGGCAAUGGAAGAAUUCUUUUCAUUCAGUGGUGAGCUUGUCCAAAUUAUGAUGGCAACGGCCAAUGAAAACCUGUCUCCAAAGUUUUGUAACAGGGUGCUGAAAUUCUUCACCAAGCUUUUCCAGCUCACGGAGAAGAACCCAAACCCAAGCCUGUUAGGCCUGUGUGGCUCUUUGGCCCAGCUGGCUUGUGUGGAGCCCUCUCGUCUGCAGUCCUGGCUGACACGUAUGACUGCUACACCACCAAAGGACUCAGAACAACUGGAAAUUGUGCAAGAAAACAGACAGCUUCUGCAGCUACUAACCACUCAUAUUGUGCGUGACAAUAGCCAGGUGGGCGAAGGAGUGUGCACUGUGCUUCUCAGCACGCUUAUUCCCAUGGCAACAGACAUGCUGGCCAAUGGUGAUGGAACAGGUUUUCCUGAGCUCAUGGUCAUCAUGGCCACACUUGCCAGUGCGGGACAGGGUGCAGGCCACCUCCAGCUGCACAGGGCAGCUAUAGACUGGCUGACUAGAUGCAAAAAGUAUUUAACACAGAAGAAUGUCGUGGAAAAAGUGAGCACAAACCUGUCUCAUGGAAAGCAUGCCAGCAUGCUGGAAUGCUCAUGUCACAUCAUCUCCUAUCUGGCUGAUGUGAUGAACGCUUUGCGUCAAAGCAGCGGUCAAGGCAACUCAGCAAUGCUGAUGGAGGGAGAGGAAAAAGCCAUGGAAGUAGACUCAGACUGGGUGGAGGAACUUGUAGUAGAGGAGGAUGAUUCCCAGGCAGAGGACUCUGAUGAAGACUCACUUUGCAACAAACUUUGCACUUUCACCAUUACUCAGAAGGAAUUCAUGAACCAGCACUGGUACCACUGUCACACCUGUAAGAUGGUGGAUGGGGUAGGUGUGUGCACAGUGUGCGCCAAGGUCUGUCACAAAGACCAUGAGAUCUCCUAUGCCAAAUAUGGCUCUUUCUUCUGUGACUGCGGUGCCAAAGAGGAUGGCAGCUGCCAGGCCCUGGUCAAACGCAGUCCCAGCAGUGGCAUGGGCUCUACUCUUAAAGAGUCUUCAGCUUUUCAGAGUGAACUGCGUAUGCCUGAGAGUGCUAUUCGCCACCAAAAUUCCUCACCGUCUGACAAGGGCAAGGUCACCAUCUGUGAUGGCAAAUCCAGUGAUGAAGACAGACCUAAGAAGAGCAGCGUGUGCAAGAGUAUCGAAGGGUGUCAAGAAGAGCUGCUAGCACAAGUGACGGGAUCAUCUACUGCUGCAGUCAUACUGGAAAUGCUCAUGUUUCUCAUGGAAGCUAUCCAGACCAACUUCCAGCAAGCAUCAGCAGUGGGAAGCAGCAGCCGGGCACAGCAAGCCCUCAAUGAACUGCAUACUCAGGACAAAAUUGUGGAGAUGACGGACCAGUUAAUGGUCCCCACACUUGGCUCCCAGGAAGGAGCUUUUGAGAAUGUGCGAAUGAAUUACAGUGGUGACCAGGGGCAAACUAUACGCCAGCUCAUCAGUGCACAUGUUCUGCGCCGUGUUGCUAUGUGUGUUCUGUCUUCCCCCCAUGGACGCCGUCAGCACCUGGCAGUCAGCCAUGAAAAGGGGAAGAUAACAGUUCUUCAGCUGUCUACUCUCCUGAAACAAGCUGACUCAAGCAAAAGGAAGUUGACACUGACCCGUUUGGCUUCGGCCCCAGUCCCAUUCACUGUCCUUAGUCUCACAGGCAACCCCUGCAAUGAAGAUUACCUGGCUGUGUGUGGCCUUAAGGACUGCCAUGUACUAACUUUCAGCAGCACAGGUUCUGUGUCUGACCACCUGGUGUUGCAUCCACAGCUGGCCACUGGCAACUUCAUCAUCAAAGCUAUCUGGUUACCAGGCUCACAGACUGAACUUGCUAUCAUCACUGCUGACUUUGUCAAGAUCUAUGACUUGUCAGUGGAUGCCCUGAGUCCCAUGUACUAUUUCCUGCUCCCAAGUUCCAAGAUUCGUGAUGCUACAUUCCUUUUCAAUGAAGAGGGGAAGAACAUUAUUGUCAUCAUGUCAUCAGCAGGUUACAUGUACACCCAGGUCAUGGAUGAAUCUAGCAGUGCUCAGCAUGGCCCUUUUUAUGUCACAAAUGUAUUGGAGAUAACCCACGAAGACUUGAAGGAUAGCAAUGGACAGGUAGCUGGCGGUGGUGUUUCUGUCUAUUACUCCCAUGUCCUUCAGAUGCUUUUCUUCAGCUACAGCCAAGGGAAGUCAUUCGCUGCCACAGUGAGCCGCAGCACAACUGAUGUGCAGAGGCUCUUUGCCAUCAAUGUGAAAGGCUCCAAUGGUGGCAGCAGUAAGAUGUCACCUGCACUGUGCCAGUGGUCUGAGGUCAUGAACCAUCCAGGCCUUGUGUGCUGUGUGCAACAGACAACAGGCAUACCUCUGGUUAUCAUGGUCAAACCUGACACCUUCCUCAUUCAGGAGAUUAAAACUCUGCCAGCUAAAGCUAAGAUUCAAGAUAUGGUAGCUAUCCGACACACUGCCAGUAAUGAGCAGCAGAGAACUACCAUGAUUCUUCUCUGUGAGGAUGGCAGCCUGCGAAUCUACAUGGCAAAUGUGGACAACACCUCCUACUGGCUCCAGCCCUCAUUGCAGCCCAGCUGUGGCAUAAGCAUCAUGAAGCCAGUCCGUAAGCGCAAGGCUGCUGCUGCCACCACCCGGACUUCCAGUCAGGUGACAUUCCCAGUGGAUUUCUUUGAACACAACCAGCAACUGACAGAGGUGGAGUUUGGGGGUAAUGACUUGCUGCAGGUCUACAACGGACAGCAGAUCAAACACAGGCUCAACUCCACAGGGAUGUAUGUGGCCAACACAAAGCCUGGAGGGUUCACUGUAGAGGCAGUAAACAACAACAGUUCAAUGGUGAUGACAGGCAUGCGGGUUCAGGUGGGCACCCAGGCCAUUGAAAGGGCUCCUUCUUAUGUGGAGGUCUUUGGACGCACCAUGCAGAUAAAUCUGACAAGAGCUCGCUGGUUUGACUUCCCCUUCACAAGAGAGGAGGCCCUGCAGGCUGACAAGAAGCUGUCUAUAUUUAUUGGAGCAUCCGUUGACCCAGCUGGAGUCACCAUGCUUGAUUCGAUUAAGAUCUAUGGAAAAACCAAGGAGCAGUUUGGCUGGCCUGAGGAUCCACCAGAAGACUUCUCAUCUGCCUCAGUUAACAAUGUCUGCAGUCCCAGCCUCAACCAGGGCAAUGGGACCUCUGAUGGAGACAUAGCCACCCCAACUACAACUAGUGGCACUGUAUUAGAGAGGUUGGUGGUCAGCUCCCUUGAAGCUUUGGAAAGCUGUUUUGCAGUUGGUUCGUCCAGUGAAAAGGAAAAAAACAAGGCUGCAGCACUGGAGUUGGCAACUUUACUUCUGUCGAUGCCAACACCUGUAGGUGUGCAGCAGCAGACGAAGGGGCUUCUUGCCAGUCUGCACACAAGCCGUACUGCCUACCACAAUCACAAGGACCAGUCCUUGCUGAGCAAUGCGGUGCAGUGUCUGAAUAGUUGCAGCCGGGAAGGGAAAGAGCUUGACCCUGAUGUCUUCCAAAGACUUGUGAUCACUGCCCGCUCCAUUGCAAUCAUGAGACCCAACAACUUGGUGCAUUUCACAGAAACAAAAUCAUUGCACCACGACUCGGAGGUGACAGAGGAUGGACAAAAGCAUGUGGAUAGUGAGAACUGUAAUUUUAUUGCACAACUGAUGAAUAACUUCUGGAAGCUCCAUGCCCUAAAACCAAAGAAUGCCUUUCUUGCUCCUGCUUGCUUGCCUGGUCUAACUCAUGUGGAAGCAACAGUGAAUGCCUUGGUAGACAUUAUCCAUGCAUACUGCACAUGUGAGCUGGAUUACAUCAAUGUAGCCUCCAAAAUCUACAUGCAGAUGUUACUGUGUCCUGACACUGCUGUCAGCUUUUCUUGCAAGCAGGCUCUGAUCAGAGUGCUUAGACCAAGAAACAAGCGACGCCAUGUGACCCUUCCAUCUCCCCCACGUUCCAACACACCUAUGGGAGACAAGGAUGAUGAUGACGACGACGAUGCAGAUGACAAAAUGCAGUCAUCAGUGUUGACUGGUGGAGAAGAGGGUCGACAGGAGAGCCAAGAACAAAAUGAAGUGGACCAUGGCGACUUUGAGAUGGUGUCCGAGUCUAUGGUCCUGGAGACAGCAGAAAAUGUCAACAAUGGAAAUCCGUCUCCCCUAGAGGCUCUGCUUGCUGGAGCCGAAGGUUUCCCCCCCAUGCUUGACAUACCUCCUGAUGCAGAUGAUGAAACCAUGGUAGAGUUAGCAAUUGCUCUAAGCCUGCAGCAGGAUCAACAGGGCAGUAGCAGCAGUGCUCUUGGGCUUCAGAGUCUAGGCCUGUCUGGCCAGGCCCCAAGCUCCUCUUCACUUGAUGCUGGCACCCUGUCAGACACCACUGCAUCAGCCCCGGCAUCAGAUGAUGAGGGCAGCACAGCUGCUACUGAUGGUUCCACAUUGCGGACCUCCCCAGCUGAGCACGGCGGCAGCGUGGGCUCAGAGAGUGGAGGUUCUGCUAUCGACUCUGUAGCAGGGGAGCACAGUGUGUCAGGUCGCAGCAGUGCAUAUGGAGACACAACAGCAGAAGGCCACCCUGCUGGUCCAGGCAGCGUGAGUUCAAGCACUGGAGCCAUUAGUACCACCACAGCCCAGCAGGAAGGUGAAGGCUCAGAAGGUGAAGGAGAGACUGAAGGAGACAUUCACACAAGCAACAGGUUGCACAUGGUUCGUCUUAUGCUGCUGGAGCGUUUGCUUCAGCACCUUUCUCAGCUCCACAAUGUAGGUGGAGUGCAAGCUAUCCCUUACAUGCAAGUUAUCCUCAUGUUGACCUCUGACCUUGACGGUGAGGAUGAAAAGGAUAAAGGUGCUUUGGAUGACCUGCUUGCACAGCUCAUUGCCGAGCUUGGUAUGCACAAGAAGGAUGUUUCCAAGAAGAAUGAGCGUAGUUCCAUAAAUGAAGUUCAUUUGGUCAUCAUGAGGCUGCUCAGUGUCUUCAUGUCUCGAACAAAGUCUGGAUCCAAAUCUUCCUCUGAGUCAUCCUCCCUCAUCUCCAAUGCCACAGCAACUGCCUUGCUCAGCCUGGGUUCUAUUGACUAUUGCCUCCAAGUGCUCAAGUCACUUCUGGAAUUUUGGAAGAGUCAACAGGGUGAAGAAGAGCCAGUGACUGCCAGCCAGCUCCUCCGCACACACACAGCCUCCUCUCCCCCUGACAUGAGCCCCUUCUUCCUGCGCCAAUAUGUAAAGGGGCAUGCUGCUGAUGUGUUUGAAGCCUACUCCCAGUUGUUGACUGAAAUGGUGCUUCGGCUGCCGUAUCAGAUAAAGAAAAUUGCUGACGCCAACCCACGUAUCCCACCUCCUGUAUUUGAUCAUUCCUGGUUCUACUAUCUGUCUGAAUAUCUGAUGAUACAACAGACACCAUUCGUCAGGAGGCAAGUCAGAAAACUGUUGCUGUUCAUCUGCGGCUCAAAGGAAAAAUAUCGUCAGCUACGAGACCUGCACACUCUUGACUCUCAUGUGCGCAGCAUCAAAAAGCUUCUAGAGGAACAGGGCAUCUUCCUCCGGGCUGGUGUGGUCACCGCCUCAUCUGGCUCAGCCCUACAGUAUGACACACUCAUCAAUCUGAUGGAACACCUGAAAGCUUGUGCUGAAAUUGCCACUCAAAGGACAAUCAACUGGCAAAAGUUCUGCAUGAAGGAUGACUCUGUCUUGUACUUCUUGCUCCAAGUCAGUUUCUUAGUGGAUGAGGGCGUUUCCCCAGUUUUGCUGCAACUCCUCUCCUGUGCUCUGUGUGGCAGCAAGGUGCUGGCCAGCUCUUCCUCUACCUCAUCCUCAUUCUCAGGUGGAGGGUCUGGUAGUGCUGGACAGACAGGAGCCUCUCAGUCCUCUCAGAGCAAGUCUUCUAGUAAAAAGAGCAAAAAAGAAGACAAAGAGAAAGAAAAAGAUGGGGAUGGUGUUGGCAGCCAGGAGGAUCAGCUUUGUAUGGCUCUGGUCAGUCAGCUUAACAAAUUUGCAGACAAGGAGACGCUCAUUCAGUUCCUACGCUGUUUCUUGCUGGAGUCAAACUCAUCUGCUGUGCGCUGGCAAGCCCACUGCUUGGCGCUGCAUAUCUACAGGAACUCUAGCAAAUCUCAGCAGGAGCUGCUGCUUGAACUGACUUGGGCUAUCUGGCCAGAGCUUCCUGCAUAUGGCCGUAAAGCUGCCCAGUUUGUCGACCUACUUGGUUACUUCUCACUCAAAACCCCUCAAACUGAGAAAAAGCUGAAGGAGUAUUCCCAGAAGGCUGUGGAAAUCCUGAGAGCACAGAACCAUAUCCUGACAAAUCACCCCAACUCCAAUAUCUACAACACACUCUCUGGAUUAGUGGAGUUUGAUGGCUUUUAUCUGGAAAGUGACCCCUGCUUGGUGUGCAACAAUCCAGAAGUUCCAUUCUCCAAUAUAAAACUGUCAUCCAUCAAAGUAGACACCCGCUAUACGACCACACAACAGGUUGUCAAGCUCAUUGGUAGCCACACCAUCAGCAAAGUCACAGUGAAGAUUGGGGACCUCAAACGCACCAAAAUGGUCCGCACCAUCAAUCUCUAUUACAACAACAGGACAGUCCAGGCGAUCGUGGAGCUGAAGAAUAAACCUGCUCGUUGGCACAAAGCCAAGAAAGUUCAGCUCACCCCAGGACAAACGGAAGUGAAGAUUGACCUUCCCUUACCUAUCGUCGCUUCCAACUUGAUGAUUGAGUUUUCUGAUUUCUACGAGAACUACCAGGCUUCCACUGAGACCCUGCAGUGUCCACGCUGCAGUGCUUCUGUACCGGCCAACCCCGGUGUGUGUGGCAACUGCGGUGAGAAUGUGUAUCAGUGCCACAAGUGCAGGUCUAUCAACUAUGAUGAAAAAGACCCCUUCCUGUGCAACGCCUGUGGUUUCUGCAAAUAUGCCCGAUUUGACUUCAUGCUGUAUGCUAAACCAUGCUGUGCUGUGGAUCCUAUUGAAAAUGAGGAAGACAGGAAAAAGGCUGUGACCAACAUUAACACCCUGCUGGACAAAGCUGACCGGGUCUACCACCAGCUGAUGGGUCACCGGCCUCAGUUGGAGAGUCUCUUGUCUAAAGUCAAUGAGGCAGCACCGGAGAAGCCCCAGGAUGACACUGGAGCAGGAGCAGGACUUGGUACAUCCUCUGCUAAUGUGAACAGAUACAUUCAGCAGCUGGCUCAGGAAUACAGUGGAGAUUGCAAGACCUCAUUUGAUGAACUCUCCAAGAUUAUACAGAAAGUGCUUGCAUCUCGUAAAGAGCUCUUGGAGUAUGACCUACAACAAAGAGAGGCUGCCACUAAGUCAUCUCGGAGCAACAGUAGCCACCAGCCCACCUUCACUGCCAGUCAGUACCGCGCCCUCUCUGUGCUGGGCUGUGGCCAUACAUCUUCAACCAAGUGUUACGGCUGUGCCUCAGCUGUUACAGGUCACUGCAUCACACUGCUCCGCGCACUGGCCACCAAUCCAGCCCUUCGGCAGAUCCUAGUCCUUCAGGGUCUCAUCCGUGAGCUGUUUGAGUAUAACUUGCGUCGAGGUACAGCAGCUAUGAGGGAGGAGGUGCGCCAGCUGGUCUGUCUCCUUACUAGAGAUCACCCAGAAGCUACUCAGCAGAUGAACGAUCUGAUCAUUGCCAAGGUGUCAGCUGCCCUCAAAGGUCACUGGGCCAAUCCUGAUCUCGUUAGUAAUUUGCAGUAUGAAAUGCUGCUGCUGACAGACUCCAUUUCAAAAGAGGGUGGAUGCUGGGAAUUACGGUUGCGUUGUGCCCUCAGCCUGUUCCUCAUGUCUGUGAACAUAAAGACACCUGUAGUGGUGGAAAACAUCACACUGAUGUGCCUGAGAAUCCUGCAAAAGCUGAUUAAGCCCCCUGCUCCUACUAGCAAGAAGAACAAGGAUGCUGCUAUUGAGUCUCUGACUACAGUCAGGCCCUACAGUAAUGAAAUCCACGCCCAGGCCCAACUCUGGCUCAAAAAAGAUCCCAAAGCAUCUUAUGAGGCCUGGAAAAAGUGUCUUCCAGCAAGAUGUCAGGAAACGAUGUCAAAACCUCAGGGGAAGGCUGAGUUACGGAAACAGUAUCUGCUUGAGAAGUAUGUGUGGAAGUGGAAGCAGUUCAUGAGGUCUAGAAAAGGAGAAGGCCUUUUCCCACGCCUGCUUAAACUGAGCCACAACAACUGGCUGCGACAGGUUCUUUUCACACCUGCCACCCAGGCUGCAAGACAGGCAGCUUGCACUAUUGUGGAGGCACUUACCACAAUCCCCAGCCGCAAGCAACAGGUCCUGGACCUGCUCACCAGUUAUCUGGAUGAACUGAGUGUCGCUGGAGAGUGUGCAGUGGAGUAUCUCGGCCUGUACCAGAAGCUGAUUAAGCCAACACACUGGAAGAUUUAUCUGGCUGCCCGGGGAGUCCUACCCUACAUUGGCAACCUGAUCACCAAGGAAAUAGCCAAUCUGUUGGCUCUUGAGGAGGCUACACUGAGCACAGACUUGCAGCAAGGCUACGCCCUCAAGAGCUUGACUGGAUUGCUGUCAUCUUUUGUGGAAGUGGAGUCCAUUAAGCGGCAUUUCAAAAGUAGGUUGGUUGGCACGGUGCUUAAUGGUUAUCUGUGCCUGAGGAAGUUGGUGGUUCAGCGAACUAAACUCAUUGAUGAAACUCAGGAUAUGCUACUUGAGAUGCUGGAAGACAUGACGACAGGAACCGAGUCUGAAACCAAAGCUUUCAUGGCAGUGUGCAUAGAGACUGCAAAGCGGUACAACCUGGAUGACUACAGAACACCUGUGUUCAUUUUUGAGAGACUCUGCAGCAUCAUCUAUCCUGAAGAGAAUGAGGUGACAGAGUUCUUUGUGACUCUGGAAAAGGAUCCUCAGCAAGAGGACUUCUUGCAGGGUCGCAUGCCAGGAAACCCCUACAGCAGCAACGAGCCCGGCAUCGGUCCUCUGAUGAGAGACAUCAAAAACAAGAUCUGCCAAGACUGCGACCUGGUGGCUCUUCUUGAAGAUGACAGUGGCAUGGAGCUUCUGGUAAACAACAAAAUCAUUAGUUUGGAUUUGUCAGUGGCAGAGGUCUAUAAGAAGGUGUGGUGUCCUACAAAUGAGGGUGAGCCAAUGAGAAUCAUCUAUCGCAUGAGAGGACUACUUGGAGAUGCUACUGAGGAGUUCAUAGAGUCACUGGAUUCAACUACAGAUGAGGAGGAGGAUGAUGAAGAAGUGUACAAGAUGGCAGGAGUGAUGGCACAGUGUGGAGGACUCGAGUGUAUGCUCAACCGCCUGUCUGGAAUCAAAGACUUUAAACAAGGAAGACAUCUGCUCACCGUUUUGCUGAAGUUGUUCAGUUACUGUGUGAAGGUGAAGAUCAAUAGGCAGCAGCUUGUAAAACCAGAGAUGAACACACUCAACGUCAUGCUGGGAACUCUAAACUUGGCCUUGGUGGCAGAACAAGAGAGUAAGGAUAGUGGUGGAGCCUCCAUAGCAGAGCAAGUCCUGAGCAUCAUGGAGAUAAUUCUGGAUGAGGCCAAUGCUGAGAUUUCAGAGGACAAGGGUAACCUUCUGCUCACAGGAGACAAAGAUCAGCUUGUCAUGUUGUUAGACCAGAUCAACACCCUGUUUGUGCGCUCCAACCCCAGCGUGCUCCAGGGUCUUCUGCGCAUUAUUCCAUACCUGUCAUUUGGCGAACUGGAGAAGAUGAGGAUUUUGGUGGAACGCUUCAAACCAUGUUGCAACUUUGACAAGUACGACGAGGAGCAUAGUGCUGAUGACAAAGUGUUUUUGGACUGCUUCUGUAAAAUCGCUGCUGGAAUCAAAAAUAACAGCAAUGGCCAUCAACUGAAAGAUCUUAUUCUGCAAAUAGGAAUCACACAGAGUGCACUGGACUACAUGAAGAAACAUAUCCCAAAUGCCAAAAAUCUGGAUGCUGAUGUCUGGAAGAAAUUCCUCUCUAGACCUGCUCUACCCUUUAUUCUCAGACUUCUCCGUGGUUUGGCUACCCAGCAUCCCCCCACACAGGUCCUCAUAGGCACAGAUUCAAUAACAAACUUGCACAAGCUGGAGCAGGUAUCCAGUGAUGAAGGCAUAGGAACUCUAGCAGAGAACCUUCUAGAGGCUCUGAGGGAACACAGUGAUGUCAACUUGAAGAUUGAAGCAGCCCGCAGAGAAACCAGAGCUGAGAAAAAGCGCAUGGCUAUGGCUAUGAGGCAGAAGGCUCUGGGAACUCUUGGCAUGACGACCAAUGAAAAGGGGCAGGUGGUGACAAAGACCUCACUGUUGAAGCAAAUGGAAGAGCUGAUAGAGGAACCAGGCUUGACCUGCUGUAUCUGUAGAGAAGGUUACAAGUUCCAGCCAACCAAAGUCCUGGGUAUUUACACUUUCACAAAGCGUGUGGCCUUGGAGGAAUUUGAAAACAAGCCUCGCAAGCAGCAGGGCUACAGCACUGUGUCGCACUUUAACAUAGUCCACUAUGACUGCCAUCUGGCAGCAGUCAGGCUGGCUCGUGGGCGAGAGGAAUGGGACAGUGCUGCUCUCCAGAACGCUAACACCAAGUGCAAUGGCCUGCUUCCUGUGUGGGGGCCACAUGUGCCAGAAUCAGCCUUUGCUACAUGCCUAGCAAGGCACAACACAUAUCUUCAGGAGUGCACAGGCCAGCGAGAGCCCACAUACCAACUCAACAUCCACGAUACCAAACUGCUGUUCCUUCGCUUUGCUACCGAGCAGUCAUUCAGCGUGGACACAGGAGGCGGAGGUCGAGAGAGCAACAUCCACCUCAUCCCCUACAUCAUCCACACUGUUCUCUAUGUCCUCAACACUACAAGGGCUACGUCCCGAGAGGAGAAGAACCUGCAGAGUUUCCAGGAGCAGCCAUGUGAGAAAUGGGUUGAAAGCUCAUAUGAAGUUGAAGGGCCCCACUAUUACACCAUCCUGGCCAUGCACAUCAUGCCACCCGAACGGUGGAGAAGUUCUCGUCUGUACUUCCUGCGGAGACUUCUGGUCACCGCGCAUGCCCGUAAAGUCUCAGCAGCCUGUGCAAACAAAGUCACAGAUAAAACACCAAAGGAAUAUGCAGUGUAUCGCUCACCUCUUCUCUUCUGGGGCCUGGUGGACCUGGUCUACGACAUGUUCAGGAAAGUACCAACCAGCAACACAGAGGGCGGCUGGUCCUUCUCACUGGCAGAAUAUGUCCGUCACAAUGACAUGCCCAUCUAUGAGGCCUCAGAGCGUGUGCUCAGGGCUUUCCAGGAUGAACUCAUGCCUGCUGAAUCCCUGUCAGAGUUCUUUGAUGUUGUAGGUCUCCUCUCUGAAAUUCCAGACCCGGAUCUCUUCCUGCAGGAUUUGUUGAACUCUUUGCCCUAAUGGCCAACCUCAAACCACAACCCCUCAAACACAAAACGCCCCUGCAACUAUCAUCUGGACACCUACCAGCCGAACAAAAAUUUACUCUUUUUACACACUGAUACUCACAGUGUAUGCACCACGCUUCCUACUUAACUCCCACUCCCAUAUGACAUCUUCAAAUUAUCUUUAAACAGAAACUGGUGUAGUUUAAAAAAAAAAAAAAAAAAAAAAAAGAGGGAAAAAAAAAAAGAUUGAUCUCUGUAAAGUUUAACACAGAAAUACCGUGCUGUCAAAGGUUGGGGAGGGCACACAAAACAGAAUUUACACUUUGAUUCAAACUCUUUAUAGACUAGAGUUGAGAUCACAACUUGUUUUGUUUCAGGAAGCUUGAGAAAAAAGAUGCAGGGCUUGGCCAGCCACAACCAUUCACAGCUGUCACCAUCAAGGCAUCUGUCUCUUUAUGAUGCUGUAGAUUAUCAAAAAAAAAGGCCAGCUGAAUAUAAUGAUUCAUGUGAAAAGCAGAAAUCAUAGUUUUUGUUGAUGGGAACAGCUUACAAAUUCUGUUUUGGGGUGAUCCUAUUUUUUGGCUUUAAACUCCUCCCCCUCUCUUUGGGGUACAAUAACUAAAAUGUUUUUGGUAUUUGACCCACCACCAAUGAAGAGUGGCAUUUGAUUUUAUCUCAUUUUCCUUUUUUGUUUUGUUUUUUUUUUUUUUUCCUUUUUUUUUUUUUUUUUUUUUUGCUUUAAGUUUGUUUUUGGUCAGGGUUUUUUAAAAUGGCAGAAGGUUUCACUGUCACAUGGUUGCAAGCUAACCUGUCCUUUUCUUCUGGACUUUUGCUGUUUGAUCUUCAUGUAGGGUCUAACUGGAAUUUGAGUGAUGGACAGGGAAACAAAAAAGCAGUUUUUCUUUUAUCAGCCUUGGAAGCAAAGAGGGGGAAAGAACAAUGAAGUGUUUAAUUUUCUUCCAUAAAGCUAUGCCUUGGUGAUGAAGUAAACUUUUGAUUGAUGAAAACAUUUCCAUCUGUUGCAAUGAAACACCAGACUUGUCUAAAUGAAUAAUAAACAUAGACCUACAUUAUAUCCUUUACACUUUUUCUCUUUGACUAAUUGUUUUGACUUUUUUUUUCCCUCUCAAGCCUCUCUGCACUCUUUAAUUUAGGUUUUGGUUUUCCUCAAAAUCUCUGGAAACACACACAUAUCAGUUUCCAGAACAGAUUUCUGGAAAGCAAAGUCUCACUUUUACCCUCAACAGUUGAGCAAACUUUCAACUUACAGUUAAUACAGCACCCUUGUACUCAAGAGCUGAAUGCAUGGUGUGGAGUUCACCCAGUUUCUUGUCAAUUCGCCUAUUCCCGCUGCUAUACUAUGUUUAACUGUUGCUGAAUGUCUGCUUUUUGAAUUUAGCCUAUGAUUAAUAAAGCCGUAAUAAUUCCAAAUCUGA